AUGGUAAUCAAACUGGCAGACUAUCUCUUCACUCGCCUUCGCCAAGUCGGCGUCCACUCCGUGUUUGGUGUCCCUGGCGACUACAACCUCCGCUUGCUUGACUUUGUCCAACCUUCUGGCCUUGACUGGAUUGGCAAUUGCAAUGAACUCAACGCGGCAUACGCUGCCGAUGGCUAUGCUAGGAUCAAAGGUGUCUCUGCGCUCAUCACGACGUUUGGUGUUGGCGAGCUGUCAGCCAUCAAUGGCAUCGCCGGUGCGUAUACUGAAAGGGCAGCGGUCAUCCACAUCGUGGGCACACCAUCGCGAGCACUGCAGAGCUCUCGGUCUUUGGUGCAUCAUACUCUGGCAGAUGGCGACUAUCGACGGUUUGGCGCGAUGGCAUCUCAUGUAACCGUUGCACAGGUCGAUUUGAAAGAUCCCCGUCGUGUGCCUGGACAGAUCGACUGGGUUCUGGGACAGUCACUGCUUCAUAGUCGGCCAGUCUAUCUCCAAGUGCCGGAGGAUAUGGCUGAUGUUGAUAUCGAUGCAUCCAACUUGAAGUCGUCCAUUUCUGUGCCAUCUGCCCCGGUUGCUUCGCUUGGGUUGAUUGUGAUGGAGCGUAUAUUGGAACGGAUAUAUACCGCUCGGCACCCACUGAUCUUGGUGGAUGGAGAAAGUAGAUCGAUGGGAAUUCUUGAUGAGAUCGAGGAGCUGGUACGAAUGACUGGGUGGCCAACCUGGACGACCGUCUUCGGCAAGAGUCUGAUCAACGAACAAUUGCCGAAUGUGUAUGGCAUCUAUUCUGGACGGUUGGGCCGUCUGCCAUGUAAAGAUUACUUUGAUUCAGCAGACUUGAUUCUCAAUAUAGGGCCUCAUUACAGCGAUACCAACAGCCAGAACUUUACAACUAUUCCAAGCCAGGCUGCGUCCGUUACCUUCUCGCACAACUCCAUCCAGAUUGGCAGUGAGGUCUAUCCCGACAUCUCCAGCGACUUCGUCUCUCAGCUCAUACGCUCUAUCGAUGAAUCUUGCAUUCCCCGAGUCACCGGCCCGCCAAAACCAACCAUCAGGCCAGAUCUAUUGAGCCCAUCUCCUGAUAUCACGCAGAAGCACUUUUACCGCAUCGUGAACUCGCUCUUCCGCGACGGUGACCUCAUCUUCACCGAAACCGGGACAGCCGCACAUGGAGGUCGCAACUUCAUUUUACCCCCCAACACAAGGCUUUUCGGUCCAGUUACCUGGUUGUCUAUCGGUUAUAUGCUUCCUGCUACGUUGGGCGCAGUGCUGGCUCAACGGGAGCGGAACAAUGGCAGGAAUACCCGCGGGAUUUUGUUCAUUGGCGAUGGCAGUUUGCAAAUGUCAGUACAGGAAAUCAGCACAAUCAUCAGGGAGAAGUUGAAUGUGGUCAUCUUCGUCAUCAAUAAUGGAGGGUAUACCAUUGAGAGAGCGAUCCAUGGCAGGAAGCAGGCAUACAAUGAUAUUGCAUCGUGGAGACACGCACUGGCCAUGAGCUUCUUUGGUGCAAAUGAAAGUCAUGCUAUCAUAAACACAUUCGCCGCAAGAACAUGGGAACAGCUGGACCUCGUUUUAAAGGACCAACGAGUUCAACAAGGAGAGGGCGUCAGAAUGGUCGAAGUAUUCAUGGACAGAGAAGAUGUUGACGGGGCUUUGUUGCGUUUGAUGGAGAGGCAGAUCCAAAUGGAGUAAUUAUCUUGAACAUAUUAGACCGUUAGACCGUCUGUACACAAUGGCGAUUAUCGUUCAGCCAAAAAAAAAAAAAAAAAAAAAAAAAAA